UUAUGUGAUGUAUAAGAAAGCAUAGAGGUUUUCACUAUAUUAGCCUACAGACUGAUUUCUUGUUGACAGAAAGCAUUCUUAGUUUUCAAACUGGUUGUGGUACUUUGGAAGCUGUACAGACAUAUUGGCAACGGUCCAAACAUGGUUGCUGCUCACGCUGCACAUUCUUCCUCAUCUGCAGAAUGGAUUGCCUGCUUAGAUAAAAGGCCUAUGGAACGUUCUGGAGAAGAUGUGGACAUUAUAUUUGCCCGGCUAAAAGGAGUAAAAGCAUUUGAGAAAUAUCAUCCUAUUCUUCUUCAACAAAUCUGUUUUUGUGGCUAUUAUGAAAGUUUGGAAAAGGGAGUUACCUUAUACCGCCAGGGUGACAUUGGCACAAGCUGGUACGCAGUCCUAACAGGAUCACUUGAUGUUAAAGUGACUGAAACAAACAACCACCAGGAUGCAGUCACAAUAUGUACACUUGGAGUUGGGACAGCUUUUGGAGAGUCAAUAUUGGACAAUACACCCCGCCAUGCCACUAUUGUUACAAGGGAAUUUAGUGAACUUCUGCGUAUCGAACAGAAGGACUUUAAAUCCCUUUGGGAGGUAAGUCAAAACUAUUUAUCAGCCAGACCAGCAUAUGAUGCACAUUAUUUUAUUGCUGCUAUAUUUAUCUUUCAAUAG